GCGCACCAGUCCUCUUCGAUUGAAAGAAGGACGGCGCCCUCCGCCUCUGCCUCGAUUACCGCGGCCUCAACCAGUAUACGGUCAGAAACAGUUAUCCCAUGCCCCGCGCAGAUGACCUGUUCGACCGCCUCGCUGGCCACCACUUUUUCACGAAGAUUGAUCUUCGCAGCGGAUACCACCAGAUCCGCGUGGCCAAGGAGGACCAGCACAAGACUGCGUUUCGCUCUCGAUUUGGACACUACGAGUUCACUGUCAUGCCUUUCGGCCUCCGUAACAGUCCUGCCGCCUUCCAGAUGGCUAUGAACACGAUGUUCCAGGACCUUCUCGAGGACUUUGUUCUAGUCUACAUUGAUGACAUCCUGAUCUACAGUCGUACCUUGGAGGAGCAUAUGACCCAGCUCCGCACUGUCCUCCAGCGAUUACGCGACCACGGAUUCUAUGCGAAGCUCUUCAAAUGCGCCUUCGCUCAAUCCAAGGUCGACUUUCUAGGACAUGAGGUCUCCGAGCAUGGACUCCACAUGGACGACUCGAAGAUCCAGGCUAUCGUCGAUUGGCCUACACCUACUUCUCUUCCUGCGCUACGUAGUUUCCUGGGGUUGACUAACUACUACGGUCAUUUUCUUAAAAACUACGCGCAGUACUCUUCACAGCUGACUCCUCUGACCCGCGGACGUCUACCCUUCCAUUGGACCCCGGCUCAUGAGGAUGCCUUUCGCUCUCUGAAGCGACUUGUCACGUCAGCCCCUGUCCUACACCUACAUGACUACUCCCGCCCAUUCAUCGUCACCACCGACGCGUCCGACUUUGCCAUAGGAGCUGUCCUCUCCCAGAUUUACCCAGCCCCUUCUACUUCUCCCGACCCCACAGAGUCUCGUCUCCCUCGCAUUCCUCUCUUUCCCCCCCCACCCCCAGCGACUGCGGCUCGACUUGCACCUAUCGAGCCCACCCCCUCAGGGGCUCCACCUCCCUACACCCUUGACGUCGCUGAUGACGACACAGUCGAGUCUCGCGAUGGAGAGUGCCCGGUUGCUUAUCUAUCUCGACAGCUACUUCCUGCUGAGCGUAACUACACUGCUGACGAGCGUGAGGUCCUCGCGCUGGUUUACGCUGUUAAGAAGUGGCGUCAUCACUUACACGGUCACACAUUCACCGUCCUGACGGACAACUCUGUCCUCGCCGCUUUCCAGACGAAGCCGAAGCUUACCCCUCGCCAGGCUCGUUGGUGGCGUGAUCUCGCAGAGUUCGACUUUACCAUCAARAAAAUUACUGGGGAAAGCAAUCGCGUAGCUGAUGCCUUAUCUCGCCGCCCCGAUCUUCAGUGCGAUGAUCGCCAACUCUCUGCCAUUUCAUUCCCCGUCAUCCACCCCGCUUUCCUAGAUGAGUAUCGGUCGGCAUACCCCCAGUGCUCCCGAGUUUCAGUCCAUCUACGCUGACUAACAGGCCGGCAAGACUGUCCCUAACUUCUAGCUCGACCCCUCU